GUCGUAUUUUACUUUAAUUUAUCUUCUAUGAUACCUACAACUCUCAUAAAACCACUAUUUGCCGUCAAAACUUCGAAUUAAAGAUGGCGUUCUCGGUUUCACUAUCUCAGACAUCACUGGCGGCUGCGGUGCUAGCUUCUAGCGUUGGGACUUACGCGGCGCUCUCACCUCCCAACAUCAGCACAAAACCUAUACCAUUGACUGGUGACACGAUGCGCUGGCUAAACCUCACAGAGAAGAGUACUUUGAGUGCCACGUUUGCACCGCUGGGUUUUCUUGCGCUGCAUACUUCGAGCUUAGCAUUCACUUACCCGAACAUUCCAUCAUAUCUGCUCCGGCACGGUGCAGCAAAUGGUCUUAACCCAGAUAUGAUUACAUGGUCACCAGCGACGACUAUACCCUUAGCUCUAAUCCUCUGCGCUGGUAUCCCGCUCCGGCUUAUUUCAUACGGUUCAUUGGGGAAGAAUUUUACCUUCGCGCUCGCGGAACCCGACGGGUUGAAUACAUCUGGCAUCUACCGCUACGUACAACACCCCAGUUACACCGGCAUCAUGAUCCUCGUCGCUUGCAACUUAGGCUUCUUUAUGCGAACUGAUGGCGCACUCGGGUGCUGGGUUCCGCCAGCCUGGUACGGAUUUCUGCGGACGCUGGAAUGGACCGUGCUCGGUCCUCUGACGUUGUCGCUGUCAGUCGCGAUGUGGACGCGCGUGCGACAGG